GAUUUCCUAAUCUACACAGCCGAAACCGACCCUCUUCAUUAUCCGUUGCCAGCACCGAAAGAAGCAUCGAAUGCGCUCAAAAUUGAAACACUGAAAUUGGUGAAGAAAUGGCAUCAGAAAUUCGCAUUCGCUUAUCCAAAACUCAAUCACACCGUCCAGUUUUUGCGGUCAUCGAAAUCGUUCAACUUUGAAGAAGCUGAUGCUCAACUCGAGGCCGAACGAGUUCGUGCAGAAGAGGCCCAGCAAAGACUGGAGGCGAGAGGAAGACGAUGCCUUGAGCUUGUAACGAAUCAGAUGAACGAAAAACGCGAUGAUAUCGAGCGAUGUAUACAUGAGGCGAGAAAUGCCCUCGAGCUGCUCGUACCCAAAUUCGUUGAUCCGAACGAUUUGGUCGCCGAUUGUCCUUCAGAAUCUUCCUUUCCGACGACGAACGUUUCUUCGUUGCGAAAGGAUGCAGAACAAGAGGCUAGUGAAUUAUGUGAGUUGACGAAUCAGAUCUAG